AUGGCACCAGGGUCGUUCGCCAGCGGCCAGCAACCGCAGCCGCCGCAGACAUCUCACCAGCCGCCACAGCAACAGCAACAACAGCAGCAGCCAUUUGCCAUGGACAUGGAACUUGGGUAUCCGUCGGCGGCGGCGGCGGCUGUGGCGAUGGGUGAAGCAUAUCGCUCGCAGGGCAACUUUUUCGGCGGGCUAGAAUACCAGGCGCAAGCCGAGGAGAACCGGCAGCCGCAGAGGCGGCGACGGCAGGCGGGCCGCAAUGAAGGUAAUGCGGCUGUGCAGGCCGCGCUGCCAGUAUCGAUAGGUGCUGCCGAUAAGCAGCAGCAGCAGCACAUGGGCCAAUUUGGCAUCCUUGCGCCGACGCCGGUACCGGUUGCGCAUCCGCACGGGUCCAUGGCUCCGGUCAUGGGCCAGCAGACGCUGCACUUUGCUCCCGCCAUGCCGACCGGAGCUGGCGCAGGCGCAGCCGACGAUGCGUCCUCCGCGGUGCCUGCGGCUCAAGGUAAGCUAGGAGGCAAGAUCAUCGUUGAUCCACCGGAUUUGCAAGCCUGGCGAGAGAAGCUUUUCAAUGUUGAUGAGAUGAUUGUUCUCACACAAGAGCAAUUUGAAACAUACUUUCCUCACGUUGAUAAUGUCUACUCUCACCGGUCUACACAAAAGUAUAAGCGUAAACCGUUUAUAUCCCACUACUGGGACUGUCGUAUGAAAGGUCGUCCUCCUGGCACGCCAAAGACGGAGGACCCCAACAAGAAGCGGCGUCGACGCAGCGCGCGCGAGCGCGACUUGUGCGACGUCAAGAUUAAAAUCACCGAAUACUUUCCCAGCGCGGAGCCCUUGCAGCUCGACACCAGUGACACGUCCGCGGCGGCAGCGGCGGCCGUCGCCGCGGGCUACCACGGUCAGCGCUUCUGGACCAUUCAGCGCGUCAACGGCAAUGGCGGCAACGGCAAGGGCGACGGCGUGGCCGGUCCGCAUAAGCACACCCUCGCAAAGAGCGACGAGAUCAAGAAGAACAGCGUGCAGCGGCACGUGGCCGCUCAGGACAAGGUGGCGAAGCGGGCGCAGCCCGCCCCGCGACGGACCAGCGGCGCCGCGGCCGUGACGGCCAAGAAGCACACCCGCGAUGGCGGCGAUCUCAGACUGUACGCGGCGUCCUAUUGCCCCUUUUCGCAGCGUGUCUGGAUCGCGCUCGAGGCCAAGGGUGUGCCGUACCAGUACUGCGAGACUGAUCCGCACCGCAGGCCUGCGCAACCGGCCCUGCUCGAGGCGAAUCCUCAAGGCAAGGUGCCAGCGAUUCGGCAGGGCGCGUGGGCCUGCUCCGAGUCGGCCCUCGAAGACUUGGAUCAGCGCGUACCGUUGCUGCCCUCGGACGGGCGUCUCAAGGCCAACUGCCGCUUCUGGAUCAACCAUGCAAGUUUCACCUCCCACCUUUUGUCUCCCGAUUCUAUGCCGGAAGAAGAAAAUAUCCCAAAAAAAGAAGAAGAACAUGAGCUAACACGUGCCUUCCAGAUCAACACUGACCUUUUGGCUGCCUUUUACGCACUCCUCCGGAACACGGACCUCGCCCGCCGGCCGGACCUCAUUGCGCGCCUGCAAGCGCAACUCGACCGGCUCGCGCAGGCCGCCGACGAGCACGGCCCGUACUUUCUGGGCCCCAUGCUCAGCCUCGUUGACGUCCACCUCGCCCCCUUUGCCCUGCGCCUGCGUACCAUUCUUCAUCCGCGGCGCGGAUGGCCCGACCCGGCGGCCCCGGCGGGCGGCGGCGGCAGCUCCGAGCGCUGGGCGCGCUGGCUCGACGCCCUGGAGCGUGAUCCCCACGUCAAGGCGACGACGAGCGCGGACGACUUGUACGCGGAUACGGCGGAUUUGCUUAUAAAUAAUGCGGCACCGGUGCCACCAACGAACGUAUGA